ACAUUCUUAACAAAUAAUCAUUAAUUUUCGAAAGUUUGCCAAAUAGAAGAUUAAAAAAUCAUGGAAUUACGUAUUUUUGUGAAAAAUUUAUUCAAAAAUCAAUACGUAUUUCAGUCGAUUCGAGCUACGUAAUUGAAAAAAAAAAAGAUUCGAUUUAGAAGUACCGGGAAAAAAGUUUGGCGAAAAGAUUGCCAAUUCAAUCAAUGGAUGAUGUUGAUUGCAAUUGUAGAUUGCGUACGACGACCGUGCAGGUGAGUGAGCCAGCAGUUAUGCCAACAUACCACAAUGUGGGCUAUCCGAAUGUGUCAGCGGCGGCAGGCCGUCACCACCAUGGCAAGCUCGACGGCAACCAGAAUCACCAUCAUCACCCGCACUAUCCCCACCAUCAUCACACGACAAUUCCGUCGCAUAUAGCAGCCGCGACCUCGCAUAUUGUAUGUCCAGCACCACUACCGUCUUACGGCGAAUCACGUCAUCACCAUUCAUCAAUCAUCCCCUCGUCCACCACGGCUACCCCAAUCGCGGCGACACCUUCGACGACGUCGUCGACCAUGACGACGACAACGUCCGCCAACAUGGCAAGUCUCGCCGGUGCUGGACCACCCAACAGUCACAACGUCAACAGUAAUCUUCCCGUGCAGAACAAUGCUACGAGGCACGAGGUCAAACUCAACGCCAUGCCGUGGUUUCACGGCAAAAUAACCCGUGAGACGGCGGAACGAUUACUACGACCACGAGAUAAUGGGCUUUUCUUGGUACGCGAGUCAACUAAUUUCCCAGGCGACUACACGCUGUGCGUUUGCUACCAGGGCAAAGUUCAGCACUAUCGAGUCAAGUAUAAGAACAAUCAGUUAACCAUUGAUGACGAAGAGUUUUUCGAAAAUUUGGCUCUCCUUGUUGAACAUUAUGAACAAGAUGCCGAUGGUUUGUGUACGCAACUAAUGAAACCACUGCCGAAGCAGGGCAAACAAGACUUUUGCGUCGAUCCAAAAGCUUUUAUUGAAGCCGGUUGGGUGAUACACACGGACGAGCUUGAGCUACGAGAGUGUAUUGGCAAAGGAGAAUUCGGUGACGUGCUACUUGGCGUUUAUCGUGGCGAGAGAGUUGCUGUAAAGAUGCUCAAGGACAACAGUGAGGCCGCUCAAAGGUUUCUAGCUGAGGCGAGUUUGAUGACUUCCCUCAUACACGACAAUUUGGUUAAACUUCUUGGACUCGUGUUUAAUAACCAACACAUGUAUCUGGUCACGGAGUACAUGAGUAAGGGUUCACUUGUCGAUUAUUUGAGAUCGAGGGGACGACAGCACGUGUCUAAAAAGGAUCAGAUUAAUUUUGCGUACGACACUUGUGCCGGUAUGGCUUAUUUGGAAUCGAGGCACGUCGUGCACCGAGAUCUUGCCGCGAGAAAUGUUCUUGUAGCCGAGGAUAAUUCAGCCAAAGUAUCAGAUUUUGGACUUGCCAGGGAUGAGAAUUUUUCACUUGACGGUGGGAAGCUACCCAUCAAGUGGACUGCUCCCGAGGCGCUCAAACAGAAUAAAUUCUCCAAUAAAUCUGAUAUGUGGAGCUUUGGCAUACUUCUGUGGGAAAUUUAUUCGUUUGGUCGUGUGCCCUACCCAAGGAUACCGCUCAUUGAUGUGGUUAAAUGCGUUGAAAAAGGAUAUAAAAUGGAGCAGCCCGACGGAUGUCCCACCGAAGUAUAUGAGAUUAUGAAACAAGCUUGGGAUUUGCAACCCGAAAAAAGGCCAAAUUUUCAUGAUAUCAAAGUCAUUCUAGGACAGCUAAAACAUGAGUACACCAAAGGUGUCAAUUAAACCUCGGCUGUUUAGCCAUUUAGUACAUCUGGCCUAGUCCGAAGUAAUAUUGCAAACACGAUAAUCGUCCUAGACAACUUUCAACUCUCGGACUCGCAAAGAGGAGAUGGAAAAAAAGAAAAGAAGUCAGAUGAAUUUUUUCUUCUCUUCCGUUGUAUAUUGAUCAUAGGCGUUUCCGUUCGCGUGUAUUUAUUGUAUUAUUCAUUAUGAAGCAAGGGUCGUUUUAGAUUUUUUCUUUCUAUUGUAAUUUAAGUCUAUGAGCUUGUCGGUUGUAAUAAUUUAGUCAUGAGAUACUAUUAAUUUUUAGUCCUGAUGCUUAUAAAGCAGUAAACAAAUUUUUAUAUUAUUCAAUUAUGAACGCUGCUAUCAGCUUUUGCUUUUAAUAAUUCUAUGAGCAGCUUAUGAUGACCGCAUAGAUUUGAUGGAAAAACUGAUUUUAAAUCGAACAAUGCAUAAAGUCAUAUUGCAUAUCAAUUAUGACUCAUUAGCUUUUUGUUAAACAUCUAUUAACGCAGAGGUAUUAAUUUUGCAGUAACGUGUUAAUAUUUGAAAAAAUCCCGUUACUAAUUAAAAUUAAUUAUACAGUGUGUUGUUUUUGAAUAGAAAAAUAUUCAUUAACUAAUUUUCGCACAAAAAUUAACACGUCUUUAGAGUUGUACAUUUACUAUUGUAAAUAUUUUUGUAUAUAUUAAAUUUUCAAAAAAUUAUGUUCCGUACUAGAGACUCGUUUUAAACAAUUGAAGAUCUAAAGCUGAAGUAAUCAAGGAGAAGGUCCAUGUUAUAAUUUUAAGCUUACAAACGAUAUCUUGAAAGAAGUAGAUACUCGCAUUACAAAUACUACUUCUAUAAGGCUGAAUACUUCUUGUUGCAGUAACGAAAUCUAACUAUAUAAACCGUAUCUUUAGAUAUUAUUUCAUUUAUGGAGGUUGUGUUGAUCUCAACGGCAAGCUCUCUGUACUUUAUGAAGUGCUACGCGAGAAAAUAAUUACGAUAUGGUCGAAGUCUCUUUUAUUUCGAAACUCUAUGCAAUUCAAAACUUAAAUAAAAUCUUAUUUAUUUCCACAACCUUUGUAAAUGUAAAAGUAAUUUAUGCAGUUACAAAAAGGCGCAUGCCUGUGUGAAUCUACUCAAGUACGCGUGUGUGUAAAAAUGUAAAGGCAAAAAUGCGAGAAAAAUAAAUACAGUUUUACAGAAGAUCUUUAUAAACAUAAAUGAAUUGUUAAGCGAUAUUAAAGAACACAAAAUGUGGUGAAAUUAAUUCGAAGCUAGAAUUUAAUACUGCACUUAUUUAUAUUUUAGUAUUUUGUCAAUUGCUAAUAAUACGUUCGGCCCACUCGAUCAAUUUUAAGGAAGAGCUCUAUUCAACAGUGACCGUUAAAUAAUAAGUGGCUUUUUUAUAAAUUUACACUUUUAUAAAUUUAUACAAUUCAGGUUUUUAAGUGAAUAUGUUUCAGGAUUAGUUACCACUACAAAAAUGUCUUCGUCUUUUGAAUAUCAUGUUUUACUAUGCACAAUAGACAAUAUUGAUGCGUGUUAGUUGUCCUAAAAAUAUUCCUUAAGAAAAAUCGUAGAGGUCGAACUCAAUGAAAUAAAAACAUGAGAUUAAAAACGAAUAACAAAUAUAGGUACAACACCUAAGGCUAACUUAAAAAAUGAUAAAGUAUCCAAUAUACUGAUAAUCAAUUGAUAUCUUACAAAAUUAAGUAAAAGUCUUAUGUUGUUCUUCCCUCGAAAUUUACUCGAAAAAGCAUUUAGUAGACUAAAGACAAAUGUUAUUAACAAUUUAAAAGUAUAAAGAAAUAAGCAGCUAUCGAAGUUCGUGAUAAAAAAUAUUUCUUUUUUGAAAUUAUAAUGGUAUUGCAUUCUUACAUCAAUCAUCGUUGUGGAUGAAAAAAACAAUUAAACUGGAAAACAUUAAUAUUUUUUUUCUAAUUUUUAAGCGUUUUAUUUAUUAUGCAAUUUUUAUCGAUUCAGAUCUUCAAAUUUACAAAUCGUUGUUUAUAUUAAUUUCAUUGAUAUGGCUUCAAUGGUCUUUGUUAUGUAAUAUUAAAAGUACAU